CCCUGCAGGAACAAGCGAUCCGACCUGACACGCAUCAAGUCAACUACAGACUAGCACAGAACGGCACAGCUCAGCACAACACAACACCAAAACACACAACACACAGCUUUCAUUUUUCCACCUCAUACCUGGAAACGCCGGUUUGGAAUAUCAUGGGCAACGUUCAGCCCACCGUAGUCCCAUAUGAGGAUUUUGAUGUCACAGCUGAUAUCAAGGCUAUAAGAAAAGCUUGUAAAGGUUUAGGCACAGAUGAAGAGGCCAUCACCCAAAUCCUGGCCAAUCGUUCUGCAGCUCAGCGUGUGGAGAUCAAGCAAGCUUACUUUGAAAAAUAUGAUGAUGAGUUGGAGGAGGUCCUGAAGAAAGAGCUGACAGGUAGUUUUGAGAAAGCCACCAUCGCCAUGCUGGACCCUCCUCAUGUUUACUUUGCCAAGGAGCUGAGAAAGGCCAUGAAGGGGGCGGGCACAGAUGAAGCUGUGCUGGUAGAGAUCCUGUGCACAGCCACCAAUCAGGACAUUGUGAGCUACAAGGAGGCAUAUGUCCAGGUGCAUGACCGUGACCUGGACGCAGACAUUGAGGACGAUACCAGUGGAGAUGUGAGGAACCUGCUGAUCUCACUGCUGCAGGCGAGCAGGGAUGAAGGCUAUGAGGUGGAUGAGGGUUUAGCCGAACAGGAUGCCACAUCUUUGUUUGAGGCGGGAGAAGGAAGGUUUGGCACAGACGAGUCGACCUUUACCUUCAUCUUGACUCACAGGAACUACAUGCAGCUUCAGGCCACCUUUAAGUUCUAUGAGUCUCUUUCAGGGACAGACAUUCUGGACACCAUUGACUCUGAGGCCACAGGAACCCUGAAGGACUGCUACAUUACUCUGGUAAGGUGCGCCAAGAACCCACAGCUGUAUUUUGCCCGACGCCUUAAUGCUGCCAUGAAGGGACUGGGCACUGACGAGGACACACUCAUUCGCAUCAUUGUAGGCCGUUCUGAGAUCGACCUGGAGACAGUUAAGGACAUGUACCUGGAGAAGUACGAUGUUACCCUGAAAGACGCCCUGGAUUCAGAGUGCGGUGGAGAUUUCAAACGCCUCCUCAUCGAGAUCCUACACUAAACUCUUCUCACUUUCCUCCUACAGGCCUUUAUUAAACCUCUGCACCCACUCAUUCUUCCUCCUCACUCCUCUUCCUUUUAUUACUUUUAGCAGUUUCACUCAUUCACCUCGAGGACCACUUUCUAUCUUACUUACAUCCAUUUCCUUCUCUCCCUUCUCUGUUACAGACAAUCAGUUGUCUUUGCAGCACGGACCAAAAACCUACUCAUUAAUAUAUUAUACCGUGUUUAACACAGUUUUACCAAGAACCAGUGGACAUUUCUUUACAGUUGUCGUUAUCUGUUUUACAAUAUUAUGGCAGUUCUGUGCAACUUACGUGGAACUUGUGCAGCUGAGCUUUAUGCUAACGUAUUUAUCCAAAAAGAAGUCCUUUAUUCACAAUCAGCAGCUUUAUAGUCUUUGUAUUUCAAAUAUCAAUCCACCAUUUCAAGCUUAUCCCAAAGCUUUGAACAUGAAGAGGCUGCUGCUGCUCAACAUUCAAUAUGCAGCCGCUUACUUUAUGUUUGUCACUUUAUUCAUCUCUAUCAUCCGUCAUCAUCAUCAACUCAGAGAUGCCUUUCAUGAAAUUAUAGCGAUGCAAUUUCCUUUCUGCUGCAACACUCAACACAUAAGUGCCGAAUUAUCGCAUUUGAGCUCUGAAAUGUGAAUACACCAGAGGAUUGAUUAUACAGGAGGAUGUUAUUACCCUACUAACAAAAGAAUGAAGGCUUAAAGUAAACAGGAUGACUUUUUUCUAGUCACGUCCCUAAGAUGCGAUGUGGGAUUUUAACUGUUCAUAGCUAUUUUUAAUCACAGCUCACAAACUGCCUUGUUCUCACAUUUCUACACCUUUUCAGACAGUUGCAUUUUUCCUGUUGUCAGUCUUUAAAUUUACUACAAAGUUUCAGCCAUAUACCAGGUGAGGUGAUAGGACAUUUAAGAUCGUUAGGUGAUGAUAAUAAUAUUAAACAAGACAUGAAUUGUGAUCUAUAACCCCUGACGUGAAAUCACUUAUAAUGGCCACACUGUCUGUAUUCAUGUAUGGCAAUGUAUAUGAACUAAUUUAAUUUAAAACCAAGUUUACAGUAAUAUCAAUUACUACGAUAAACCAUCGUGUCAAAGAGCAAAUUAAUACAUUAACUUAUAUGAAAGAAGUAAUUGUUAACCUCUUUUAAUGGCAUAGAAAUAUGUAUGUAUGUACUCUAUAUAGUAAUAAUAAAUUUUAACUC